CCACUCAUCCACUUCUCCCGAGAUAUCGAGCAGCUUUGUCAUGAGUGGGAGUCAUCUGAUCUCCUUGUUGUAAAUGGUUGUGGCAUUCCCAUCAAGUAUUGGGGAGAGUUCUUCAAAAAGUCAAAAAUUCGCAGUGAGAACUCAGCCUGGGACUCAAUUAAAGUUGAAUUGGGGAACUGGAAGUUUAUUACAGAGGAAUGGCAGCGCUUUCCGAGUGCCAAUGCAUUUUGGGGAGAAUAUUUGAACACAACGACCCAAAGUAGACUCACCUACCAGCAGAUCCUUAAUCGAUUGACUUUACGUCGCAAAGAAAAUGCAGCACAAGAUGCAGCUAAUGCACGAAACUUUUUCGGAGGAAAUCUCGACCACCCAGAUGCAUAUGGUGCCUUCCGGUCCCUCAAAUGUGGUCAAACCCACAUCCUCAGCAAGGAUGAUGCCAUCAGAAAGAAAUGGAAGGAUCUGCUCAACAACGAC